AUGGCAGCACCCGGCACCUUCUCGGCUGCUUUUCAGGAGUACCUGCGGUACCUGGCACUGCAGGAYUUCCCCUGCAGCCUCGGCAGCUGGAACAAAUCCCGCCACGAUGCCCGCAGGAGCCCCCGGGCAGAGCCAGCGGGGCUGGAGGAGGCUGUGCUGCUGGGAGAGGAGAGCCCUGAGGCACGGCUGGAUCUGCUGAGAGAUGGGCACAGCCCCUGGGCACUGCCCCCCGACUGCAGCCCCCAGGACCGGCUCCUGCGGGAAGUGGCCGUGCUGGCACCUGAGCUCCUCCACGGCUCCAGAGUGUUCCAGGUUCUCAAGACCCUGCAGCUGGUUGACAAGGGAGUGGAAGAGGUGGAUGAGGGUCUGCUGAGGUUUCAGCAGCUGGAGGAGCUUUUCCUGAGUGCCAACUGCAUCAGCAGAGUAAGCUCAGCCCACCUGCCUCGGACUUUGAAGGUUCUGGUACUCAGCUGCAAUGCUUUGGGUGAUCUGCAGGACCUGUGUGUGCAGCCACCCCCAGGGCUCCAGCACCUGGGACUGGGGUACAACCGGCUGUGUGGCCCUUCCCAGGAAAAGCACCUCACUGUGGAUUUCUGGCCAAACCUCAUCUCCCUUGACCUGAGCUUUAACAGCCUGACAGAUCUGCUGGAGCUGGUGUCCCARCUAUCCACUCUGCCAAAACUCCGCAUCCUGGUGCUCCAGGGGAACCCACUGGCUCUCCUCCCUGCUUACAGAGGCUUCCUUGUGGACAGCCUGCCCAAGCUGUCCUACCUCGAUGGCAUCCAGAUAUGGCCUGACGAGAGGCUGCGCUUCCAYGGUUUGGCAAAUCAGCCAGAGCUGAUGAGUGAAGCACGAGUGGUUGUGAGCAUUGGGGAGAUGAAGGGACUCCCUGAUCCCAAAGCUUUUCAGCAGCAGGAGGUUGACUCUGAGGGUCCGGAGAUCACCUUCAGCUACUACGUGACCUAUGAGUUUGUGGAGGCAGAGGAGCUCAAGAACGGGGGCAGCCCUGAGGUAACAGAAGUCUACCAGAGUCCCCCAGUGGCCAUGCUGGAUGUGGACAGUUCUGCUCAGGACACAGGAGAAAUAAGGAACCAUCAGGAGCCCRCAGCCACAGAGGAGCCCAAGGCACACUCUGYAAAGGUGCUUGCCACCCCUGAACAGCCCUGGGCACCCACCAUCGACUGGAGCUACCAGAARGAAUACAUUGUCAAGGAUUUGGUGGGACUGAAGUCCUGCCUGGAGGCUGGAACAGUUGUUUCUGUUGUGGAGGAGAAGGUGCUCUCAUGGCCCUUGGAUGCUGAUGCAGAAGAAAACGCUGCCACAAAAAAGAAGGAAGGACAGGAGCUGAAGAAGAAYGGUGCCAAGAGGUCUGUSCCUGCAUCCAAGGACAAGCAGAAAAACAGGAGGAGGCAGCAGCGGGAUUCUGGUGAUUUCCGUGGUGAUCCUCCCRUUCUGAACGUUCGCCGUGAUCCUCCCAUUCGGAACAUCCUGGGCACCAGGAGGGUCGCCUUGGAGACCCUGCUGGCCACUGAGGACACGGUGACAGCUGUGUGUGACUUUGGGAUCCUGAUCCCCGAGAAACCACCAGAACCACCAGCGCUGGAGGAGAAGGAGGAGAAGGAAGAGAAGGAGGUGAAAAAAGGCAAAGAGAAGAGCAAAAAACCCAAAGCAGAGAAAGGAAGUCAGGCCAGCCGGAAAACCACGGCGUCUCCCAGAGGAAAAGCCAAAAAAAAGAGCUCAGCUGAAGUGGAGGAAAGUCAAGUGCCGGUGCCGCUGACGGUUCAAUUCCAGAUCCAGCUGCUUCGGUGGCCCUUGGCGGACAAUACCCAGAGCCAGGGGGACGAGACCAUAACAGUGGGGAAAUCAAAUGCCCGUAGCAGAACCGUGAGUAGGAAAUAAAAGGCACGGGAACGCUGCGUGGAGCCUGGUUUAGCCGAAUCGCCAGCGCUGGGAGAUGUCCCGGGGUGGUCUGGCGGAGGAAAUCCAGCGGGCACGGGCUGUAGGGUGGAUGUGCCGUGCCCCGAUGGACACGCUGCCCCGGUGCCAGCCCUUCGCAUCCUCUGCMGGCGGGCGGGGCACGGGAGCUGCGGGGCG